CGAAACACAGUUGGUACAAUUACGACGCCACAUUUUUCGGCGUUUGGCUAUUACAAAGCACGGGUGUAUUAAACGUUGCUUGUUAAUUUUUGAAAUUAUCACAAAAAUGUCGUACAAAGGACCUCAAAAAGUUCAAAAAGUGAUGGUACAACCCAUUAACCUUAUAUUUCGAUACUUGCAAAACCGUUCGCGCGUGCAAGUUUGGUUAUUCGAGAACAUCAACCUACGAAUCGAAGGUCACAUCGUUGGAUUUGACGAAUAUAUGAAUUUAGUACUGGACGAUGCGGAAGAAUAUCAUUUGAAGACAAAGAACAGAAAACCACUCGGACGAAUCAUGUUAAAAGGCGAUAAUAUAACGUUAAUACAAAAUACGAAUCCAGGAGCGAAUUAAGUUAUUCAUAACCUUGGAGAAUGAACAAAAAAGCAUUGUUUUAAACUUUGUGCUAUUGAGAAUGUAAACUACAUGUUAAAAGUGACUUAAAAACAUUUAAUAAGGACAAAGUUAAUAUCUUUCAAGUUCAUCAUAUUUGUGAUACAUAAUUCAAUGUAAUUAGAAAGAACAAUGGUAAAUUAACAUGUACAAAUUAUAAUUUUUUUUUUUAUUGAGAAACGUAUUUGUUAUUAUAAUCUUAUAAUAUUAAUUUCCAUGGAAUUUAGAACAUGUUUCAAUCUUUUAAUCUUCAAUUAUUUUUAUUAAAUGAAAAACUGUGUAAUGUAUAUCCCAUAUAUUUAAAAUUGUACCCAAUUUAGUAUUCAAACAAAUUCCAGGUGUAAAUAUUGUGAUUGAGCAAUUGCUGUAAUAGAUAAUGAUCUAGAUAGACAUUUAAUAAAUAUUUUUGAAUCAAA